AUGGAUAACAACAGUAGCAUCAACUCCACUUCCUCUAAUCUGAGCACGGCUUCGCUGGAAAAGCUCGAUCAGGCGGGGAGCUGGGUAAGCACAACCGUCAUAUCCGCCUUCUACGCAUCCUUCGAGCGUUGCGCCUGCGUCAACCUUUCGACCUCCGAUGAUGAUGACGACGACAACGAGGAAUCCCACAAUCGUCCUCUUGCUCUCUCCGCCGCUCCUCAACCAGACGACAUCUUUUAGCUGUAAUCUGUCGGUCCUGAAAUUAGAUCUGGGAUGCAUGAUGCUCACAACUUUUGAUUGUAUAUGCCAGAUUCCAUGCUUGUUUUUUUUUCAAGCAUUUUUGUCCUAACAUCUUUGUAUAAACUGAUUAUGCUUGCCUCUGAAAGGAUUUGGAAUCUGAAUUUUUGUUGGAGUA